AUGCACCACUUUAUUAUUCCCAAACCAAAAUUCCUCAAUUCUCCAUCUUACAUCCAUUUUAUGGAAACAAUGAAGGAGGGCAUUGCAAAAGAAGCAAAAAUUGCUGAAACCAGCUUCUUUGACAAAAUCUAUUCACCAUUGGUCAUUUUCUUCAUCUUCGCUGCAAUUGGUUGUGUCAUCGGACUUGUUAACUAUAUCAGAAAUGAACGUCACCAUAAACCAGCAAAUCAACGUCUUUUCUUCUUUGAGCGUCUUUGA